UCGUCUUUGAAUGUCUGGGAACCCUGUAGCUCCUCAUGAUUCUUUCGGAUCCUUUUCUCCUGUGAGUAGUGUUGGAAAUAGUGGCGCUUUAUUGCGUGUGAGUGCAAUAGUGUUUGACCUGGACAACACUCUCAUAGACACUGUGGGUGCUGACAAGUGUGCAUUUGAGAGAGUCCACUCGACACUGCAUUCGAACUACCCUGUCUUCCCCCACCCAUCACACGUCACAGACACAUUCAAAAUGUUGCUUUCGUCUGGUGCUGAACUGAUGAGUGUAGAUUGUGACGACAUUGACAACAGUGCUAGCAGUACAUCCACUUCCUCCUCUGCCAAACAGAAGAGUUGCCACGAGAUGCGCUUCGAGAUGUGGUGUGAGGCAGUGGAGAGGAACAUCCCCCCAGACAGCAAUGCUAAGAAGUCAUUGGACCCCAGUAGGAUAGCAGCACUAUGCAACAGUGUGUGGAGUAAAACGAGGGCGGCUGGGUUCAACAUAGCCCCACAAGAUGCUAUUCUGCUGGAGAGACUGAAACAGAGGGGAUUCAAACUAGCCAUCCUCACUAAUGGGCCAAAGGACGUUCAGCAGAUAAAGGUGAAUUCUGUGCUGGACCACCUCUCCCCUGGCAUCUUCGACUGUGUGGUGAUCAGUGGGGAGUACAGCAUACACAAGCCAGACCCCCGGAUAUUCGAGACAGUCACGCAACAGCUCAACACCACUCCCUCACAAACUGCAAUAGUGGGUGACUCUCCUGACACGGAUAUUUUGGGCGGGAAUUUCGCCGGCUGGAAGACAAUCUGGUUCAACCCAGACAAAAGAGUGUGUGACUCACUAUCAAGGAAGCCACAUGUAGAGAUCCAGUCUCUAAGUGACCUGGCACUGGUCAUAGAUCUAAAUCAUGCACCUCAGAAGGCACUGUGACCAGAGACAUAAAGUCUUUUAUGGACCCGUCAAGUCACUUCUGCAAAUUCAAUGGUGGCGAAAAUUACACUGACGCAUCGGGCGCACCAGUUUGAACCAAAGUUGUUAAGCUAUUAAAUAAGCUGCAUGUUCUUCGAGAAGCGGUUUCCUCUGUCGCGCCCGAUAGUCAUGGGGAAGGUUCGCCGCAAUGGCUUCAAGUUUCAAGGUUGUUUGAGUUUUGGUGCUUGAUUAGAGCGAUAAAAUCAAUUUAUAGUUAUUUGUUAGGUUCUGAUUCUUCUUAUUUGUUUGUUGGUUCCUUCAUCUUUCUGCCACAUUUUUGUUGAAAUUAUAAAUUAUAAUUAAUAGAAGUUUUUAAGUU